GCCUGAGCUGGACUCUGCAACUAACUGCGUUGCGUGUCUGUCGCGAGCUUUUCGAACAAGAUGAUUUUAGAACUUCAUGAGUAGCAGAUUUUAUUUUAUUUUAUUUUCAAUUCAUUGAAAAUUACAACAGCAGCUGGUAAUGAUGUGUAGUUUUGGGUGUUUUGUGACCUUCACUUUGGUUUUUAUUACAAAUUCACACAGUUUAAGUUUGUUCAGACAAGAAGGACUGGAAUUUUUGGAGAAUAUUUUAAAAUAUUAUAAUAGAAAUGGAACAGUCACAACAGACAAUCUAGAAAAUUUGCUGCUGCUAAUUUCUGCCAGAAGAUCCGAUCUAAUAGAAAAUGACAAUCCACUGGCAAACCAGGAGUGUCCGUCAGCGGAAGAAAUCUUGUCCCACUUUGGCUUGGUGAAUGUCAGCGAGCUGAAUGUGCAGGAUCUGGACAAGAUCUGUCCCGCUGUAUUGACUCAGGUGCUGUUGCCCUCCUGCCCCUACAUCUCCUCCAAGACUGUGCAGCCUGUCGACUACACUGUAUGGGGUUAUGGGUUUCUGUCCGUCACUGUGAUCAACCUGGCAUCUCUACUUGGUCUUUUGCUGGUUUCCGCUUCUCAGACCAUUUUUCCAAGUGUUUGACCCUAUUUCAUUGGCCUGGGCCAUUGGGACGCUCUCUCCAAUGCUGUUCUUCAGUUGAUACCAGAGGCCCUGGGUUUCAGUCCCGCACAGGGGGACUAUGUGCACAAUGCAGCCGCAAUAUUUGGUGGAUUUUAUCUCCUAUUUAUUACUGAGAAGAUACUGAAAAUCUUUCUGCGGGUAGAAUAUGAGCACGGCCACAGCCACAGCAAUUUUACUCCUGCAGAGCAACAUCCAGAAAACCCCCUCCACAACGGAGACACACUGGAGAAAUGGGACGGUAUCAAUUUGACCCACAUCAGCACCAUCACCACAAAUAAGAGCAGUCCAAACGCAGACCCUCCACAAGUGGCCACAGAGCCUUCUCAGGAUGUCCAGGUGUCCAGCAUGACGUGCCACUGGCUGCGCGGCCGGCAGUAUAGCAGCAUCAAGACUGUAGCAUGGAUGAUAACGCUGAGUGAUGCUGUGCACAAUUUCAUCGAUGGCCUGGCUAUCGGUGCUUCAUUCACUGUGUCACUACUGGCGGGUUUCAGUACGUCCACUGCCAUCAUAUGUGAGGAGUUUCCACACGAGCUGAGUGACUUUGUGAUCCUACUGAAUGCUGGCAUGAGUGUACCACAGGCCAUUUUCUUUAACGUGUUAUCAUCAAUGUCUUGUUACGUUGGACUUGUAAUUGGCAUCCUGCUUGGAAGCAGCUUUGCACCCAAUGCAAUCUUUGGUAUUGCAGGAGGAAUGUUCCUGUACAUUGCACUAGCAGACAUGUUUCCAGAGAUGGAUGCCAUAGCAAGGGAACAAACGCAAAGACGUGCCAAGGUCAUCUUCUUCCUGCUUGAGAAUGCCGGGCUGCUCACCGGUUUCACCAUCAUACUGCUCAUCACUUUGUUCGCAGGCGAUAUCAAACUGGGCUAAAGUAUCACAAAACAGGAAGGAAAUAUUGAUAACAAACUGCUUCCAUUUCUGCACAAAGCUCAGCUGUGCAGAAAAAUUAAUGUUUUGUA